AGCAACAAAACAGCGUCAAAAUGGCGGAUGCGAUACUUAUCCCCGCACUGAAGGGUAAACCAAAAGCGCUAAACUUGUGCAAUAAGAAACUAGACAAAGUCCCAAAAAUUAUUGGUAAACUAGACUGUAUUUUACAUCUACAGCUCCGCGGGAACAAAUUAAAAACGUUACCAAUUGAACUGAGUCAUUUGUUUCAGCUACAGAUCCUAAAUUUAGGAAACAAUGAAUUUGAGGAGUUACCAGAAGCUUUAGAAUACCUAACAAUGUUGGAAAAACUCCAUCUGUUUAACAACAAGCUCAGGAUACUGUCUCCAAAAGUGCUAACAAACCUCAGGAAUUUAACAUUCCUCAAUCUAAAUUCAAACAACUUGAAAACUUUUCCACCUGAAAUAUGUAGAUUGUCCAGUCUCCAACACCUUUCUGUGGAUUAUAACCAGCUAACAGAGCUCCCUGUAGAAAUGUGUGCAUUACUCCGCCUGGAAGAGUUUCACGCUGCCAAUAAUCAGCUGACAAGUCUGCCACUGGAGUUUGGAUUUCUGGUUAACCUAGAGAAACUUCACCUACAGAAAAAUAAAAUUAGAGAACUCCCAGAGAGUCUUGGGAAGUGUUAUAAACUGAGGACUCUAGAUAUUGCUGCCAAUGAGCUCAGGAUAUUUCCAACAGAGUUGAGUGCUCUCCCUUUGAAGGAGAUGUACUGUGAAGAAAAUCCACUUUUACAACAUAUCCCUGUCCACUCUGUACAAGAGGAGGAAGUUCUAUCACUAAAGGAAAUCAAUGCAAGAUACAUAAUGAAGGAACUGAAGGAUAGAUGGUCAUACCUGCGUCGUGCUAUACGUCAUUACCCCCAGAUUAAAGAGAUGUUGGCCCAGGCCAGUAAAUGUGCGGUGUGUGGAGAGUCCUUCCUCAACACCUGGCUGGAAUGUGUCUGUUUUGUGGAUGCCAAAGAGGACUUAAAGCUAAACAAUCUGUCCGGUUUGAUUCCAGUGCGUGCGUUACUGUGCUCCUAUCGAUGCUUCAACUCCUCUGGACAUGAUUAUUAUGGUGUAGCAUUUCCAUGAUGAAUAUCAAUAAUGUUCUUCUAAGGGAGAUAAUUCUUUUAGUCACAUUUAGUGACAUCCUGAAAAUUUGAUGGUUCACGACCUUCACAUUCCUGUUGAAGUGGAUCCUCAUGCAAUUAUUGUUACAUCAUACAUCAGUGGCAUUUGAUACAUUUCAGUCAAAAGCAACUUGUGUGAAAGACAAUAUCAUGUCCUCCACAUACGUAGAUAUUUGAUAUCUGAGAUUUUAUGCAUGAUAUUUCUUUCCAAAAUUUAGAAAACAUCAUAUACAUGCAUAAUGAACGCAUGAAUAGAUAAGUAUUUUUUUGAAAAUAUUACUUAUAUUUUAAAGACACAUGUAUCUAGAAAUUUGAUUUUGAUAUGUGUACUGUAGAUUAUUCCUUUUUUUA